AUGUUUAAAUUCAAUUAUGACAAAUAAGUUUUUGAAUUAAGCCAUUUUGAUGUAUUCAAGGAAAUUUUGUGGCUAAGAAAAAACUAAAUAGUAUACAAAAAUGUAUCUUCUAGAUCAUUCUUAUAAUUUUACAAUAAAUUAUCACUAAGGGAUACUUCAUGUUUUAUUUAGAAUGAGAAUUAAUUCAAAUAUCUAAAUAAAAAGGACUGUGUAUUAAUAUUUAUGAUACGAUUUCAUAAUCAUCUAAAAUUUUGA